AUGGCGUACUACGAGGACCGCCGUUAUCGCGAGCCGCGCGACCGCUAUACACGCCCCGCCAGUUACGCUGAUCCGUAUGAUGACCCUCGUGGCCAUUAUCGAAGACACGAGCGAGACUCAUAUGCACCCCGUCCCAGCAACGACUCGAUCGAGGAAGUACAGCGCGAAUAUCCACCAGGCUCAGACUAUGCCUACGAGCGUUCGUAUGCCUCUCGACGGCCGCGGCGACCUGUUUACGAAAAUGUGCGCCGUGCCUCCUCCGUCAGCGGUUACGAUCCACACAACGAUGCUGCCUACCGAAGCUCCGGACCUCGUCGCUCAAGACACUACGAGGAUAAACGUUCCCGUCGCCCCAGAUACGAUUCGGAUUCUUCUCCAAGCCGCUCUCCACCCCGCAACAGACGUCGCAAGUCGUUCAGCGAGCAAGCCCUAGGUGCCCUAGGCCUCGGGGGUGCCGCUGCUUCGGCCAGCCGCGAUGACCGUGGUCGCGGCCGUUCCCAGUCCCACCGUCGCCAUAGAUCAUAUUCCAGAUCAUCGUCAGAUUCGCGCAGUCGCAGCCGUCAUCGCGGCGGCAGCAAACGCGAUGGUGGCAGCAAACGUGAUAAGAGCGAGCAGCGUAUCGUACAGGCAGCUCGUGCGGCCUUGACAGCCGGCGCAGUUGAGGCUUUCAAACAGCGCAAAGAGCCCGGCGAAUGGACCGGCAGGAAAGGAAAGCGCGUCCUCACUGCUGCUGUGACUGCCGGUGGCACAGAUGGUCUUGUCGAUAAAGAUCCCAGCAAGCACGGAACACGUCAUGUUGUCGAGUCUACACUUGCAGGUCUGGCUGCCAGCCACUUCAUGGGUGGCGGUUCACGCUCACGAUCUCGUGGCCGAGACGGUGGUCGCUCUUCAGGUGGCAGUGGCCUUAAGAACCUCGCUGCCACUGGAACUAUCGCCGCUGCCGGAAAGGAAAUAUUUGAUCGAUACUCCAAAUCUCGUUCUCGGCCUCGCGGCCGUAGCGAUUCCCGCGGCAGUGACGAGGACGAGCGUGGCUCCCACAAGCGCAGCAAGAGCGUUUCAGAGUACCUCAGCAAGGGUAUGGCAGCCCUGGGACUUGGAGAAGAAGAAGACCGUCGCCGCGACAGCAGAGACAGUCGUAAGGAUCAUCAUCGGGAGCAUCGGGAGCAUCGGGACGACCGAGAGCGGCGUCAUCGCCGGGGACAUCGAGACGACGAUCAUUCGGAUUCAGAUGCGGACAGCGAUUAUUACAACAGGGACUCGAGACGGGGCAAAGGCUCGAGAGAUGUAGGUCGAUACCGUUCAUUGGACAGAAGAAAUCCACCCCCAUAUGCACCCACCAGCGCUUCGCGCGGUGAACCAGGUGCCGGUUCUAAGGACCGCGGCCACGGGUCGAGCUCCGAAAGUGAUUCUGACUUAGGUGACAGUUCUGAUGAAAAGAAGCAACGCAAGAAGUUGAAGCGGGACAUGCUGCUGACGGGAGGUCUGGCCAGCGUGGCCACCAUCCACGCUGCGCACAAUGUCUACGGUAGUAUGGAAAAGAGGAAAGAGCGGAUGGAACAGUUGAAAGAGGGAGAGAUUACGCCCGAGGAGGCUCGCAAACGCCGCAUGAAAGCUAAUACCAAGGACGCCGUGAGUAUCGGUCUCGCUGCCCUCGGUAUCAAGGGUGCCUAUAGUGAAUGGAAGGAGGUUAUGGAGAAGCGCAAAGAAAAUACACAUUUCCAGGAGGAAUGUGUUCAACGUGCUGCUAAGCGCGAGCGUCGUCGCGCUCGUAGCCAUGGGGCACCUUCGCGCCGUCAUCGCUGGCCUGAUGAGAUUGAAUAUGCGCCUUCGAUGACCGAAUCUCGGAGUGACAAUACCCCGAUUUAUCGUGAUGGAAAUCCUUAUGGGGCUCAUGAGGCAGCGCGGAUCUCUUACUAG